CUUUUAUUUAAAUGGCGUUGGUGGUUUGAAAUUUGUUCACGAUUAGUAGAAGUCCGUUAUUAGAUAAAAAUGUAAUUAAAACUUCUGUUAUGAAGUGAAAAUCGUGUGACCCAUUUCUAUGUAAUCAAUGUUUAUUAGAUAAAAGAAAAAUAACGCAUUAGUUAGCGAGAAGAACAAGCAAAAUGGGUAGAGCCACACCUACUGAACCCACAACACCAAUAGUCCAAACUAGAAGACAGAAAAUGACCUGCCAAGAGAUUCUUCCUUCACCAUCGACUCCACAUAGAAUCGAAUUAAGAACCGAGAGCUCAGAUGAUAUAAAGAAAGUUGUUCAACCUUUGGAACCUGUACCAAAAUCAAAGAAAAGACUGAAAAAUGGAACAGUGUUCACAAACGGCAGUGAAACCAAAAUUGUGGAGAAUGGAAAUCACAAAUUGACUGAAUACUUUCCAGUGAGGAGAUCUGUACGUAAGACGACAAAGACUGUAUUAGAAGAAAAACAGAGAAGUUUAGAAUUUGCUUUGAAAAAUGAAAUUGAGGAAGGUUUGGAGGUUAGGAUAUUUGACGGUAAAGGUAGAGGUGUAGUAGCAUCCAAAGAUUUUUCCAGAGGCGACUUCGUAGUAGAAUACAGUGGAGACCUCAUUGAUCCUAUUGAAGCGAAGGCACGUGAAGAAAAAUACGCUAGGAAUGAAAAUACUGGUUGCUACAUGUAUUAUUUUAAGUAUAAUAAUCAGCAGUAUUGUGUCGAUGCCACUUCCGAAUCAGGCAAGAUUGGUCGUCUCGUCAAUCAUUCGAGAAACGGUAAUCUCGCCACCAAAACGAUUGUGAUCGACAAUAAACCCCGACUAGUACUUUUAGCGAAAGACGACAUCAAAUGUGGCGAAGAAAUCCUUUACGAUUACGGAGACAGAUCGAAAGAAUCGCUGAAACAUCAUCCCUGGUUAGCCUAUUGACAUAUCUUUGCAGCAAGUGAUGUUUUUAAUUAGUAUGUGCUAUAUUUGAAGUUUUUUAAAAUAAUGUUUUAGACAAGUUUUCCUUUUUUUAUUCCAGUGAACUAUUCAAAAUUGAUGGAUCGUUUUACAACUGAAAAUAAAAAAAAAAUGAGAAUUGAAAAACAGUGAAUUAUUUUAUUUCACUGAAUUAUUUUAUUACAAACAAAAAGUAAAAUUUACUUUGACAUUUAGUACUCCAAAAAAGACUUCCGUACUCUCUAAUCAGUAAACCGUUCCAUAUUUUUGAAUAUCUUGGAUAAUGUGAGAAUAUAGACUUCUAAAACAUAUUCCAUGCAUACAUUUCUAUGUAGAAAAAUAAAAGUUCUCGAACUAUUAAUGAAAAAAUGUGAAAAUAUUAUUAAAAAAAAAACAAUUCAUCGUUUACUUGAGUUUCUCAAAUAACUACAUUUUGCAAAUCUCCAAAAUGUACGUUUAUUUUCCUUAUCACCAGAUUAUAACCAAAACAUUUUUGUAUGGAAAAAGUUUUAUUUUAAUCACUUUUCUGCCAUUACUACACAUGACCACUUCAGUUAUUUGUAUUAUAUGUGGUCAAUCAUUGUGUUUUUAAUUUUUAUAAAUCUGUGAAUAUCCUCAUUGGUAUUUCUUUCUUGACAUAUUUUCUAUCUGACCUCCCCCAGUGGUUAGUGAUCCAACUUCGGAAUAAUAUGUGACAAUACUGUGUAUAAUAGUCUGAUAUAUCCUUUUCUUUUGUUCAUAUUUCGAGAUAUUUUUGUUCGAACCCGAUUAUCAUUUUUAUAGCUUUUCUUCCUUGCGUAUUUCAGUCUUUUAUUGCUUCAUCCAGGGUCGCAUCAUGACCCAAGAUCCCUAUGGGUUUGAGAAUGUCAAUCUCUUCGUGUACCCAUUAUCUGACAUUCUGGCAUUCUUCUCCAGAGUUGUAAGGCAUGUUCCAAGUAUAUUUGAAAUAGGUGAGAGGCAACAUGCCUGGUUUUUACCUUUGUUUACCCCAAAUUGACGGUUUCACUUUUAUAAUGGCGUCUUCGUAUAACUCUUUCACUGAAUUUAUUAGCGUAAUGCGUACUUUCUAGGAUUUCUUAUAGUUUUGUGUGGGGGGGCACUGUCAUAGGCUUUCUUCAGAUCGUCAUAUAAAAUGCCCAUUUCUUGAUUAAAUACCAUUUUAUUUUCUAUUAUUUGUGUAAUAGUAAAAAGAUGAUCGACAGUAGACCUUUUAGAUCUUAAACCUGUUUCCAUCCCCAUAUAUUCCUGCAUCACUUGAGCUUCCGGAGCUCUCAGCAUCAUCGAUGUCAGUACGACAGCGUUUGAAUUCAGCAAACCAUCGCUUAAUGGUUGUAUUCGAUGAGCAGAAUCACAGUAUCACUUUUUGAGCCAUGCUCAGUUUGGACGGUAUUUUCCCCAUUAAAUAAAAGUUAUAAAUGCUUUAAUCUUCAAUAAAUAAUCUCGAAUGAUUCACAAAAUAUAUUGAUAAGUUUUGCUAUUGCACUGUGGUGAAGACAUUUAUAGAGUUGUUAUUUGUACAAAUACAACACUUUUAUCAUACUAACACGCAUAGGUACGCCACUGAAUGAAUGUAAAGCUUGAAAUCAUAUCCGUGGUUUGAGGAGUAAACGACUAUUGACGAAAAAGUAGGUCUUUUCGUCUGCCUUAUCAUAAUUUAAGUUGCCUGUAAAACCACGUUUAAACCCAGAUGUUUAUUUAAUAUCUUUAAUGGGAAUUAACCACAAUUUCAGAUAAAAGUUUAAUUUGACGUUUUGAUUUCCACUUCGAAAACAUUAAAAUGCAACAAUAACUUCAGAUUUACCGAGGUGACGUGACACCGACUACAUGACUUUGCAACUGCAAGUGUUAUACUGACCCAGCAACAACCACAUUUUAUUUCAGAUCGCUAUGCUACAAAUCUACGGUUUUAUUACGGCACUUUGCCUACGCAAGGUUGCAAGUCAGUCAAUAUUAAAUAAAUACUUUGAACGCAAUAAAAAGGAAACCGUUAUACUAUUCUAGCCCUAUUUUUAUUUAUCAAACGUUAAUUAUGGUUUCGUCGCUCAGUAGUUAAAACGACCAGUUUAGUGUGAUUGUCUAAGUAAUUCAUGGCAAUGAAACAGUUGCAGAAUUGUAUCUCAAUAUCUGAUAGCACUAACUAAUGUUUGCAGUAAUUAAAAGUUUGCAGAUACGCUAUCGAAUGAUUGUCGAGCUUUCGCGGUCGGAGGAGACAAUCGUAACUUGAGACCAAAAAUCGUUAUUCAGCGUAUCUCACCCAAAUGACGUUUCUGUGUCAUUUUAUAGAUAUAAUGGUGUUCAGUAAUAGUAAAGCAAGUAUCAUUACACGUCAGAGAUUUAAUGACUAGGAAAAUAAACAACCAGCAUUCAUGCUGAAAAUUGUCGUAAAAUUCUAAUUAUUUUAAAUAGUUCGUUUAUCGUAUUUUGUUGAAAGUCAUUGAUUUUGUUUUAUAUUGGAACAUCUGCAUAAUAAUUGAACACAUGAAUUUAAAAAAUUGAGGUCACGUUUAGGGGUGUUAUUUCUCUGUAGUUGUCACCGGUUGUUUCAUCUCAUUUCUUGUGAAUAUGUAUAAUAAAAUUGAAACUUCUAGUCCUCUGAUCAAUACUACUAGUCUAAUAGAAUGCGUUAUUUUUCUGCGGCAUGCUUUAGAGCUUGGCUAUCUGCUCCAGGUAAGUAGUGUUAGUUUUUGACUAACUUUAUUAGUUCUUUCUCUGGUGGGAUGUUAUCUUUCUCUCUUUUGUCUUCUAGCUUAAGUUCUGCUUAUUGGGCAUCUACAUAAUUUCUUUGUACUCGACUUGAUUUUUUUAACUAUAUACGGCUUCACACAGUAUUUCGAUAUAUAACCGUUUGUACUUUUAUAUGCAAGACGGUAUAAGUUUUCGAAUAUGACAGCUUUGUUGUCCUUAUCGACAAAUAAAAUGGUUCUAAACGAUAUGUUCUUUGUGUUUACUUUACUUAUAGGCUCACUAAUGUUAAAAAUGUACAUUUAGACGAAUUUUAUGGUCUUACAAUUUAAGUAUAUACUUUUACGUGAAGAAAUAUAAACACCAUAGUUAUGAAUUCAUUAUAUUUAUGCAUUUUACGAAUUAUUUACAUCUAUAUAUAUCUUUGGAUUAUUUAUUAUUUAUUUGAAGAUAAAUUGAAAAUUUGUAGAUAUGAACAACACAUUAUUUAUAUUAGAGUAGUUUUUGGGUUUUUAUAAUUCUUAAAGAGAAUGUUAAUUAAAUAAAUUAUAUUAAUUAAUGCUGUUUUAAAUUUAGGCUAUUUAAAGUUGAAAUUAAUAAAAAUAUAUAAAUGAAAGUGACACAUUGUUUAUAAUCCUUUAUCAUCUCAAUUUAUUAAUUGAUACAAAAGCAAUGCAUUGUGAUUUAGGUCUAGUAACAUAAAUAACUUACAUUACAAUUAAUAUACAUGCCUUAAUAUCAUAUAAAAUUAAAAUCAUUAGUAGAAUCUACACAUAGACAGGAUGAAAAGGGAUUAUGUAACAAUCUAGUGAUAUUUGUAAUAUAAACGGCGUUUUUGUUGCUUGUUUUAGAGCGUUUCAAAUUGGCACUUAUAUGCUUUGUUGGAUUGUAUAAUAUAGUGAGUUGCAUUUACAUUGUACCUUUUAUUUUAAACUGUGUAUUCUAAAUAAAUACGUUCACUUUAG